AUGAACUUGAUGCCAGAGCUGCCUACCAGAUGGAAACGACCGGCCUACGCUCUAAGUCUGGGAGAUGUGCCUCCAGGACUUUGGGUUCUUCUCGAUGGAGUGGCGAACUUUUUCACCAGGACUGUGAACCUUGAACAACAAAGCCAAGCUGUCGCUCAAUCCACCUUUCUAAAAGCUCGUGAACGGAUGUUGUGUAAGUGUAUAAAUAGAGGAUGACGCUUCUCGGAGUUAGGUAUGUAUGUAACCUUCGCGACCCCACGUACGACCUGACUAUUUCUGUUUGUUCAUCGCAGGUUACCUAGGUUUCCCGAAAAGAUACCUUGGAAUGGAACUCCAGCCGGAGGUUUUCCUAUGCGUCCGACUCAUGGAGCAGUAUUUUAACUUUCUCAGGGUGAGUGGAAGUUUCUUUUCACCUCACCAUAAGGUAAAGGUGUGAGUUAUCGCGCAAUGAGCCCACACAAAGUCGACCUGCUGGUUACCACUCAAACAGAUAAAAGCGGCAGCCAUGACCAUCAGGAUGGCUAUUUAUUUCUUGCUCUUGUUUAAGGGUUUGCAGCUUUUUACGAGGAUGUGAUUUAAGAAAACCAUCUUGGCAGAAAUCUUGAGAAGCUCAUGCAUACAGUGAGCGUGAAGUUUGUUUGUUUGGUUUGUUGCUUUCAGCUCGAUUUGACACAGGUCAGUCAGCAUCAAUGGUUUUUGCAAAAGUAUUUUUGCCACUAGUGACUACGCAUUUGUUGGCCAUUCUAGGCUCCAGAGUUAUCAAAACAGGAUAAAUGCAACUGUCCCUUUUCAUUUACAGUCACUUUUCCUAAACUCCUAACCUAAGAAAUGACCAGGAAUCAAUUUAAUUUAAUUUCAAUUCAAGUUAUAAAAUAUUAAAACCAAUGAUGAACUAACAAUAAUUUAGCACAAGCAUUUACAAUUUUAUCUAUUCUUACCAAAGAAUUUGGCUUUCAAAACCGUGACAAGGUCCGUCUGCAUAAAUGAUAGGUUUAAUAGCUAAAAGUAACCCCGCCUCAAUUACAUAAAAUGAGGAAAUCUGUUAGGUAAUUUCUUAAUCUGUUUUAAUGAGGAGUGUUCUGCUGUACUGUAUUGAAUUGUAGGAUGGGUGACAGUGUGGUGCAGCAACAAUUUCAAACCACGUGAGCUCACUGUUUUAUCAGGUGAAGUUUUUGCAUAGAGAGCAUGGCCCCGAAUUCAAGGAUGUUCCAAUGAUCCGCCAACUGAGAGCCCAGGCUACAAUACUACAGAAGGAAGGAGAUAGAGAACAGCCGUCUUCGCGGGAAGAGUUGGAAGCUGAGAAUCGGUGGCUUCCUUGGUGA